AGGGUUAGGACAGAAACAUCUGGUGAUGGGGGAUGUUCCAGCGGCUGUCAAUGCAUUCCAGGAAGCAGCCAGUCUCCUAGGUAAGAAGUAUGGAGAAACAGCUAAUGAGUGUGGAGAAGCCUUCUUUUUCUAUGGGAAAUCACUUUUGGAGUUGGCAAGAAUGGAGAAUGGUGUACUGGGAAAUGCCUUGGAAGGUGUGCAUGUGGAAGAGGAAAGUGAAAAAACAGAAGAUGAAUCUCUAGUAGAAAAUAAUGAUAACAUAGAUGAGGAAGCAAGGCAAGAGUUGAGAGAACAGGUUUAUGACGCCAUGGGAGAAAAAGAAGCCGCCAAAAAAACAGAAGGCAAUUCUCUGGCAAAGCCUGAAACCCAUUUGGAACAAAAGAGUGAAAUGGAGAAGGGCGGAAGAGAAGAUAUGGAUGUUGCUCAGCCUAAGGAGAAGCUACAGGAAAUUGUUACACUGACUCCAAGUCAAUCAUCUGAAACCUCUGAAGAAGCAAAAGCGACAGCAGGACCAGAAGGACUAGAUGAAGCUGAGCUCACUACCAGGAAGCCAGAACAGAAAGCACCAGACACACAGGAAGGAAAUCCAGCUUUUGGAGCUGACAUCCAAAAAGAAGGCAGAGAAAAAUUUCUGGAGGAGCAGCAGAAAGAGGUUACCUUAAGCACAAAGGAGAAGCCAGAAGAAGAUUCUGAAAAGCAGCAUAUUGUGACUAUGGAAAAUCAGGGCACUGCAGCAGAGGUAGAAGCAGAGCUUGUGGAGCCCACGGUCAAGCCAGUGGAUGUGGGUAGGGAUGAGCCAGAAGAACAGGUAGCUGCCUCUGAAAAUGAGCCAGGAAAGGCUUUGCUAGAGCAACUGGUAGGACAAGAAGUGCUUUCUUUUGAAGAGUCAUCAGUAAUGACAACAGAGGCCACAGAGGCCUUAGCCCCAAAGUCUGGAUCGGGAAUCUCUGACAAGCCAGAGCAGGAAUCCAUAGUUUUCUCUCAGGAAGGUCUAGGCAGUGGACCAUCAGCUGUAGGAGAUCAGACUCCUAUCAAACCAAAGACUUCUGCAGAAACGAAAGGUGAUUCAGGUCUAGAAGAGGAGGUCAGGGCAGAGUUAGUACCUAGCCAGGAGGAGAUGAAGCUGCCUGUAGAAGAGUCUAAGGCAGUUGGAGGAGAUGGGGUUGAAACCAAAGUAGACCAGAGGGCUACUGAGAAAGCACCUGACGACAAAGUUAAGAUAGCUGCUAAUGAAGAGACCCAAGAGAGAGAAGAACAGAUGAAAGAGGGUGAAGAAACUGAAGGCUCAGAAGAAGAAGAUAAAGAAAAUGACAAGGCAGAAGAAAUACCAAAUGAAAUCAUUGUUGAAAACAAGUCUGUUCAAGAAAGUGAAGAGGAAGACAUUGGGAACCUAGAGCUUGCCUGGGAUAUGCUGGAUUUAGCAAAGAUCAUUUUUAAAAGGCAAGAAACAAAAGAAGCCCAGCUUUAUGCUGCACAGGCACAUCUUAAACUUGGAGAAGUUAGUGUUGAAUCUGAGAACUAUGUCCAAGCUUUGGAAGAGUUUCAGGCCUGCCUGACCCUGCAGGAGCAGUACUUGGAAGCACAUGACCGUCUCCUCGCAGAGACUCAUUAUCAGCUGGGCUUGGCCUACGGAUACAACUCUCAGUAUGACGAGGCAGUGGCACAGUUCAGCAAAUCUAUUGAAGUCAUUGAGAAGAGGAUGGCUGUACUAAAGGAACAGAUGAAGGAGGCUGAAGGAUCACCUACUGAAUAUGAGAAAGAAAUUGAGGAAUUGAAGGAACUGCUACCUGAAAUCAGAGAGAAGAUAGAAGAUGCAAAAGAGUCCCAGCGUAGUGGGAAUGUAGCUGAAUUAGCACUAAAAGCUACUCUGGUGGAGAGUUCUACUUCGGGUUUUACUUCUAGUGGAGGAGGCUCUUCAGUAUCUAUGAUUGCCAGUAGAAGAACAGAUGGUGCUUCCUCAUCAAAUUGUGUGACUGAUAUUUCCCACCUUGUGAGAAAGAAGAGGAAACCAGAGGACGAGAGUCCCCGGAAAGAUGAUGCAAAGAAAGCCAAACAAGAGCCGGAAGUCAAUGGAGGCAGCGGGGAUGCAGUCCCCAGUGGAAAUGAAGUUUCAGAAAGCAUGGAGGAGGAGGCUGAGAAACAAGCCAACAGCUGCGCUGCAGCGGAGGGCACAAUGGAGGCAGGAGCUGCUGUCGAGACCACUGCAUGUUGAGAGCGGGAAUAGAGCCUUCCUCCCAGGGGAAAAGUGUUUUUGUAUAUAAUGUAUUUUUUCACUUUUGGGGAUUCUUUUUGUAUAACUUCAAUAAAGAUGGUAAAAAGGUUGAGGUUUUGAUGUUUUUUUUUUUUUUUUUCUUAAAUAUUGGCUAAGUCCAUGUCUUGGCACUCUAGGUUUAUAAUGUGGCCAAAAUUUUGUGAUUUCUUUUCCCUCCUCUCUGUAUUGAUUUCUUAGAAGUUGUAAUCUCAGCUCCAGUCUACUGUGGAGGUUAUAAUUUGCAUGUGAGGCCGUGGGCCCUUCAUCUUUCAUCGGUGCUAUAUUUUUGCUGUCACAUAUUUGACUGAACUCAGCAGUCAUGCAAACUCUUGGUGGUGCUGUCUGUCCCUACACACAAGAUUUGAUGAAGAUCUUGCUGCUUGGUGCUGAAAAUGGAUGAUGGACCUUGACUGUGAAGCAGACCCUGGGCCCUUUUUGUCUUCUGUUCACUCUGUCUCCAUCUAUGGCCAUUAUUUUGACCUGGAAAGCAUUGUGAAGCAAACUUGGGGCAGGAGAUUGAGAAAAACAAUGUGUUGAACUGGAAAAGUGACUUCUCUGGGAAGGAGGGUGGAACAUGAUGGACACUUGUUGAUUGGAAGAAUUUGUGGAGGAGUUAUAUAUAUAUUUUUUCUGUAAAGGAAGGUUGAAAUAUAUCAACACUUGGAAUUGUUACUGUCUGAAGUUUUAAAUUCUCAAAGAUAACUAAUAAAAGGUU